AUCACAUGAUUCGAACUUCCGCACCACAAGAUGCCGCAUUAUAACUCAUUUUAGCUUGAACAUAAAAGUAAAACCCUUUUAAGACUCGUAACAAAGAAAAAAAACACGUACGUUUUUAUGUAGUUUAACAAGAACCCGGAAAGGUUUUGGGCGAGGUUUAGUCAUGUCGCUGCUGGGUCUCGGAAGCUUCUUGCUGCUGCUCCUCGGGCUGACGGGGGCCGCACCUCCAUCCUUCAGCGUGGAUUACCAGAACGACUGCUUCCGCAAAGAUGGAGAGAAGUUCCGCUACAUCUCAGGCAGCAUCCACUACAGCAGGAUCCCCAGGGCCUACUGGAAAGACCGGCUACUCAAGAUGUACAUGGCGGGCCUGAAUGCCAUCCAGACGUAUAUUCCAUGGAACUUCCAUGAGGACUCUCCAGGCAGCUAUGACUUCAGCGGAGACAGAGAUUUGGAAUAUUUCCUUCAGCUGGCUCAGGAUAUCGGCCUAUUGGUCAUCCUUCGACCAGGGCCUUAUAUUUGUGCAGAGUGGGACAUGGGAGGACUGCCUGCCUGGCUUCUGCACAAGCAAGACAUAGUGCUGCGCUCUUCAGAUCCAGAUUACAUAGCAGCGGUGGAUAGCUGGAUGGGCAAGCUGCUGCCGAUGAUGAAACCUUUCCUCUAUCAGAAUGGCGGCCCGAUCAUCAGCGUGCAGGUGGAGAAUGAAUACGGCAGCUACUUCGCAUGCGACUACAACUACAUGCGUCACCUCUACAAGCUGAUGCGGUUUUACCUGGGCGAGGAGGUGGUGCUGUUCACCACCGAUGGCGCCUCGCUGGGCUUCCUCAAGUGCGGCGCCAUCCAAGGUGUCUAUGCCACCGUUGACUUCGGCCCAGGUUCCAAUGUGUCCGCAGCGUUUGCAACACAGCGACAUGCAGAACCUUAUGGACCUUUGGUGAACUCUGAGUACUACACGGGCUGGCUGGACCACUGGGGCUCGCCUCACUCCGCCGUCUCAACCAAAGAUGUCGUCGUCACCCUCAAUGAGAUUCUGGCAAUGGGUGCAAAUGUCAACCUGUACAUGUUUAUUGGCGGGACCAACUUUGGGUACUGGAAUGGUGCCAAUUCACCUUACGCCGCACAGCCGACCAGUUACGACUACAACGCUCCGCUCACUGAGGCCGGAGACUUGACUGAGAAGUACUUUGCAAUCCGGGAGGUGAUCAAAAUGUACCGCAAAAUACCCGAAGGGCUCAUCCCGCCAUCAAGUCCAAAGUUUGCAUAUGGUUCUGUUAAAAUGCAGCAGCUCCAGACGGUGUCAGAAGCCUUAGAGACAAUCUCCUUCUCUGGACCAGUGGAAAGCUUGUUCCCUCAGACGUUCAUUGACCUCAACCAGGCGUUUGGCUAUGUGUUCUACAGGACUAAGCUGCCGGUGAACUGCAGCACGCCCACGCCACUGGCGUCGCCGCUGAACGGGGUCCAUGAUCGAGCAUAUGUGUCUGUGGACGGGGUGGCUUCGGGGAUUCUGGAGAGAGGCAAAGUCCUAAGCAUUAAUGUGACCGGCAAAGCUGGCAGUCAAGUGGACAUCUUAGUGGAGAACAUGGGCCGGAUCAACUAUGGAAAAGGCAUCAAUGACUUCAAGGGCCUUGUGAGUAACCUGACGUUAGACAAUGUCGCGCUCACAGGGUGGACCAUGUACAGCCUCGGUAUCGACCAAGCGGUUAACCAGGGCCUCCUCUGGGAAAUGAAGCCCACGUCGUCUGGCCCUCUUCCUCCAAGUGUUCUGUCACUACCCGCCUUCUACGGCGGAACUUUCAUCAUUCCCGACGGCAUACCCGAUCUACCUCAGGACACCUACAUCAGCAUGCCCAAAUGGCACAAGGGACAAGUUUGGAUCAACGGUUUCAAUUUGGGACGCUACUGGCCGACUCGAGGCCCCCAGUUGACUCUUUACGUCCCGGCCAGCAUCCUCACCACUGACGCCCCCAACAACGUGACAGUCCUGGAGCUGGAGGCGGCCCCGUGCCUCUCGGGACCAUGCACGGUGGAAUUCACCACCACGCCCAUCGUGAACGCAACUGUGCACAGCGAGCACAGGCAUGUUUAAAGGGGAUUUGAUUUAAGGAAAAGUGAAGUUUCUCUUGCACAAUGUGCAUCAUGUCUUGCUUCUUGAAAAGCAUCACUUGAUUUGUGACUGAAUGUAGACUGUUAAAAGAGUCAGUGUCUUAAAUACUUGAUCACAUCAUGACAUUUAAAAUUUUUAUCGGUAUGUUGCCAAAAUGAUAGCAUUAAUGCCCAAAAACACAUCAGGGAAAUACACUUUUACAUGUCAGAGUACAAUGGCUGAUGUUUUGUUCAUUUAA